CCCAUCCUUAGUGCAUUAUUGAGUUCGAGCCGUGCUGUGGCGUGCAUCCGUCGCAUUCAACCGCGUCGUUCUGCAUCAGUUGCCUGAACGUCUUCCACAUAGAGUGCUUUUCGUGUCUUAAUUUCGCUGUUCUCGAAGCGCCCAGGCAAUGAAUCUUCUAGGCGCGUUCCUCCUCCUUCUUCCACUGUUCGUCUUCGUCGAGGCUGUUUCGCAGCCGGGUUAUACGUUGGAAUCGACAACGUGCAAGGCCCACUACUUGAAGCUUCACAACGGAGCGGAGAGUUUCGAGGAAGCGCGGAAGCGAUGCAUGGAGGACGGGGGCGACCUGGUGACGGACAACCGCGGCAGGGAAUGGCACUACGCCAUCGCCUCUUACUUGAAGAAGAAGAUCAAGGAGCCCUUCUUCGGGGUGUUGAUCGGGGCGUACAGGAAGGGAAACAACUUUGUUUGGGUGGAUGGUGAGGAAAUCUCGUAA